AUGGCGACGCAAGUGAUUUCCAACUCUGGUCACGAUGACAUGAUACACGAUGCUGUCCUCGAUUACUACGGCCGUCGCCUCGCCACCUGCUCCUCCGACCGUACAAUCAAGAUAUUCGAGAUCGAGGGUGAGACCCAGCGGCUGACGGAGACGCUCAAAGGACACGAGGGCGCAGUCUGGUGUGUCUCCUGGGCGCACCCCAAGUACGGCAAUAUCCUGGCAUCAGCCGGAUACGACGGCAAGGUCUUCAUUUGGCGCGAGCAGCAGGGCGCCUGGCAGCGCAUCUUCGAUUUCGCCCUGCACAAGGCCUCGGUCAACAUCGUCUCCUGGUCCCCCCAUGAGUCCGGCUGCCUGCUGGCCUGUGCGUCAUCCGACGGCAACGUCUCUGUCGUCGAGUUCAAGGACAACAACUUUGAUCACACCAGCUUCCCUGCCCACGGUCUCGGCGUCAACUCGGUGUCCUGGGCGCCUGCCACCACCCCGGGCUCUAUAGUCUCGAGCGCCCCCGGCCCCGGCGCGACUGGAAACAGGCGGUUCGUGACCGGAGGGUGUGACAACCUGGUCAAGAUCUGGGUCUAUGACCCGGCAACCAAUGGUUACAAGGCAGAGCGGGAGCCCCUGACGGGCCACACCGACUGGGUGCGCGAUGUCGCCUGGAGCCCGACGGUGCUACAAAAGAGCUACAUUGCGAGCGCGUCCCAGGACAAGACGGUGCGCAUCUGGACGUCUGACCCGUCUAACCCUGGCCAGUGGAACUCCAAGGUGCUCAAUUUUGAUGCCUCUGUGUGGCGCGUGAGCUGGUCCCUGAGCGGCAACGUUCUUGCUGUGAGCGGUGCCGACAACAAGGUCACACUAUGGAAGGAGAAUUUGAGGGGCGAGUGGGAUGUCGUCAAGACACUGGAGGAGUAA